GGCCACUCUACUUCGCGCAGUUGGCGGAUAUUAUUUGCCGGUAAAAUGCGACACUGCACCUCCAAUAUGGAAGGAAAUACUACAGGUGACAAUGCAGAUUUCGGCGGUUAGACGCGUUCUAAAACAGGAAGACGAUUUUUCUUUGAGCGAAUUGAAAUGGAUCCUUUGGACGUGGAACUGCGUAAUCUGCACGGUGAAGUUUCGCCCGAAAGCAAUAUAAAUAAAUCAUUCGACAUAAAUGGAAACACUGACGAUAUCGAUAAAGCGUUAAUCCAGUACGUAACCACCGGUAGUAGGUUGCUUUUUGUGGAGCGCGAGGAGACCUGGAACGAGUUCCAUGCAACGCAUUUAUAUAACACCGAAGAAUUCAGUGAAUAUACCAUAGAACAACUGUAUGAUCAUUUCCAACGAAAAGUUUUACCGAAUAUCAAUACUUACGAAUUGACGCCAAUACAAAAACAAAUGUUGAAAUUAUUGGAUUUACAUCCAGAAUACGAACGGAUACCCACUGGCUAUACACGCAUGUCCGCCGAUCGACGGAUUGGCUUUAAUCGAUUACCAAAAGAAGGCGACGAUUUUUUAUUGAUCAAACAACCGCAUCAGUUGCGCCAGCUGUUGAAAGAAUUUCCCGCCACCGACACAGAAUUCGAUGGGAAUAAAGAAUUCGAUUUAACGAAGCCAGCAGACGAGCCAACUCACACCCUACUGUUGCGUUGUCCUUAUGAGCGUCAGGGUACCGGUUACGAUUUCAAGUUUACAAAAGAAAAUGCUGCACUACUGUCAGCUGCCCUGUCCAAUGACUUCGAAUUAUCCGGACGAACAUUGCUGGAACCAAAAGAACUGCACAAGCGUUUGCGAGAGGCAAAGCGGAACUUCGAGCAACACGCACGUAUGCCCGAAAACUGUGUAGAAGCAGAUAAAUUAGUCGAAAAAGUUAAAAAGCUUAAGACUUUGCGUGAAGCUGUAGUGGAUGUAGUGGCCAAUAGAUUUUAAUAUAUCAAACCCUUCAUACCAUA